UAUUUAUUAAUCUGUGAAGUGAAGACAAGUGAACGUGUAUUGUUUUCGUAAUAUUUCAAUAUAAGCUAUCGAAAUUUAUUUUCCAGUGAUUAAAAUCUCGAGUUUUUCAAAAUGGCUCCUAGUAUUCAAACAUUUGUGAAUAGUUUUCAGAACCGACUGGAACCCCCAGUCCGCCAACAUCUGAAAAAUGUUUACGGCGCCCUCACAAUGACAUGUGCUUCUGCAUGUGCAGGAGUAUAUGUUGACUAUGCUAUAUUCCAAGCUGGACUUCUCUCCGCUCUUGCCGGAAUUGGCUUCAUGUUGAUGCUUCUAGCCACUCCUGAUGACUAUGGCAAGAACACAAACAAGCGCCUCGGAUAUCUCUUGGGAUUUGGUUUAACUUCAGGUAUGGGUUUGGGUCCACUGCUGGCCAUCGUCAAUGCGAUUAAUCCUGCCAUCAUCGUGACGGCACUCCUGGGCACAACACUGGUGUUUGUCUGCUUCUCCAUCGCCGCAAUGCUCGCUGAGCGCGGCAGCUGGCUCUUCCUUGGAGGCACCCUGGGAACUCUGGUGUCUUCUAUGGCUAUUAUGAGCAUUUUCAACAUCUUCAUGCAGUCACGAAUCUUGUACCAGACCCACCUAUACCUGGGCCUGCUGAUGAUGUGCGGCUUCGUGCUGUUCGACACGCAGCUGAUCAUCGAAAAGCGCCGCCUCGGCAACAAGGACUUCGUGCAGCACGCCCUAGAACUGUUCAUCGACUUCAUUGGCAUCUUCCGCAGGCUGCUCAUCAUCUUGACCCAGAAGGAGGAACAGGAUCGUCGCCGCAAGCGUGAAUAAAUUUGAACAUUUUAUAAGCAGUUUGCAGAAUCGAAAUGCCCAGUAGCACUAAUGUGCAUGAUAACUUCAUGAAUAUUUAACCAUUCAUUUUUUUUAGUCAACCAGUAAAGUGACACUUUGUGCAUUAGUGCAACUGAGCAAGAGGGAUUGUUGGUUUAUAUAAUAACACAAAUGUGUUACUUUCAAUCUUAUAUGAUUAUAACUUAUAUUUAUUUGAUGGUAAAAUUAAGAGGUCGGAACUAA